AUGCCCUUCGAUCCCGGCGGACCCUCCUCAUUCUCCUCGCCAUACCCGCAUCCGACACAGUCACAAGCGCCUGCCGAGCCGGUGUUGAAACUACGUAUCACCCACAUCACAUCGACUCUAUCAUCGCCUCUGCCAUCUCUGAGAGAGCUUUAUGUCCCAUCGAGAUUCUCCACGGCAAUACCACCUGGCAACUUACCUGAAAAGUUACCCGUCUUGAGGAUAUUCGGUACUACCCCAUCGCUCCAGAAGAUCUGUGCGAAUAUACACCUAUGUUACCCCUACUUUUACGUCCCCUUCCCUAUGGAAUCGACCUCCUCUUCUUCUUCAGCUAGUGGAGGAGGGUCAGACCCAUUGAGACCAGAGAGGGUUAUUAAGAUAUGUCAGAGAUUCGCGGUAUCGCUCAACCACGCUAUAUGUAUAGCUUCAAGGCAGAAUCCACAGACGUCCAGCAAAUAUGGAGGAGGGGUCGAUCCGAAACAUCUACACGUCGUAUCUGUCAUGCUGGUCAAGGGGAUCCCAUUUUACGGAUAUCAUAUUGGUUAUUCAUACUUUCUCAAAGUGUCUUUGGCGAAUCCUGGUAAACUGUAUACCGCGUUGGAACAGCUGAGAAAGCCGAUUGUUCUGGGUAGGACAUGGCAACCACAUGAAGCACAUAUGAAUCAUGUACUGCAGUUCAUGUGUGAUUUCGAUCUGUAUGGCUGUGGGUGGUUGGAAGUGGGAGGUGGGAAAUUUAGGGAACCAUUACCUGAGGGCGAUCCAUACGACUCCCCACCGUCAUCACCUCACGGACCACCCGAAAUCUUCGACUCAUUAUCCGUCCCAGAGUCCAUGCUAUAUGACAUUGGCCUAUCUCCAUCAAAAGAUACGUUUACUCCACUGGAAAUUGAUAUCUUACCUCAUCAUAUACUGAAUCGGAAUAGACUGAAACCCAGAAAUUUACACCACGACUUCGUCGAACUGUUACUUCAGCCUUUAGAUCCCAAUGAAAAGCUCGUUCCGGCAGUCGCAGAAUUAUGGGAAGAUGAGCGACGUCGAAGAUCCCUCAAAGGUUUGAGCCUGGGUAGCGACGCUAUGAUGCCUGGCUCAGGAGGUAUGGGAGGUAGAUCAAUGAAAGAAUUGGGAUACAAAGAUCCAAAUCAUUCACAAGAAGAAGAGGAAAAUACGGGUGGGAGUUGGAAGAUAUCAAAGGAAUUGUGGGAUUUUAUUCAACAAAGAAUGCAAGAUGAACGAACGAGGAAGGGAGGGAAAUUGAAUUUUCAAGGGUUUUCAAACGAGAUCAUCAAUGGGAAAAGCGGUGAAAAACGGAAUUAUGAUCGGUGGAUCAUGACUACCUUUCAGGCUGUUUCAGCUCAUUGGCCUCGACCACCCCGUCCCCCAAAAUCGACUCAGAAGUCUAGACGAUCUGCGAAGUCUUAUCAAACUUCAUCGCAGGUUGACGGUCUAUCGUCCCCCGCUCAAGCAUCCAUCGCUCUUACUUCCUCACCUAGAGCACAGCCACCUUCUUCCCCAACGGAAGCAGAGAUCCCUAUUGUGAAUCUCAAGGGAGAGAAUGUUUUUGUCGACAAUGGCGGAGAGAAAGGUGAGCCGAAUGGGAUCCAGGGAGACCCACCCGAUGAAGCAGAGGAAGAAGGAGAGGAGAACCCUUUCGAGGUAUUUGCCAUGACUCAAGCAUCGCAACACGCUCCUGUGGAUUUAGACGUUAAUGCUAGGAUGAUAUCACGAAAUGCUUCUGACCUCGACGCUCAGGAUGAGAAUCGAGAAGUUGAUGAUUAUCCGGACGAAGAAAAUGAUAAUGCGAAACGGCAUGCGGAAGAUGUAAAACAUCAUGCCGAAGAGGGUCUAAAGUUUCGUGCCACUCAAAUGCCACGAAGAGUCGCAAAGGAGGAGAACAAAGAUGAUGAUGAGAUGUAUGAUGACGAAGAGUUGGACGAGCUAUUCCGUCAAACGGUAGCAGCUGGUUUUGGUAGUAAUCAAAGCACUCCCCGUAAGAACAGGUUUCAGGCCGGAUCUGUCACUCCGAGUUCCAGGGCUAGUACGAGCGGCAGCUAUCAGUCCAGUGGGGGAAUGUAUGAUAGAAGGGUAGAAAGACAGAGGAGAAUGAUGGAACAGGCUGGUUUAGGUGAUCUUGAUACGAUUGUCGAUCGAUCUUCCAUGUCGCUUUCGUCACCUCAAAACCCAUGGGAUAAUCGGCCGGUGACACCCAGCAAACCCAAAACUCCUGUCAGUGAAAAGCCUACUCCAACGACACUCAUGCGAAAUCUUUUCGCCAAACCUGGUCGAUCGUCUGUCUCGCCGCUAAACACCCCAACCAAGAAGAUUACCGCGUUGCCAUUUGAUUCACCGAAUGCUAUAAUGCUACCGCCAUUGCGGCGGACGGUAGGGGAUAUAUCAUCAUCACCUUCGUCGUCUCCACCAGAGGCGGAAUUGGAGCUGGAAAAAGUAUCAAACCUGCAACACGACGUAAUCGAGAAGCUAGGCAUAAGUCAAGAAGAUCUGCAAGAUGCCAAAGAUGAGCUGAAGGAGAUCCAAGCGGAAUUACCAGAACAGGAUGUGGUCGAUGCUUUCUUCCGUCCGAAUCAGAAAACACCCACUUCCGUCCCGACUCGCUCUACAGCUAGUUCCAAUGGUAAUGACAAGGUACAAUUCCUCACGCCUACACUCAAAGGCACGAAGAGACCGUUCACGCCGACGUUUAAAAACGACGAUGAGAAGGAGGAAACUACUCCCGGUGCUACUUUCGUACCAUCCUCAGCUAUACGAAAUCCUAAUCUACCCAGUACGAGAAAGAAGGUCAGAUUGGCUUCUCCACCACCUGCGAUUGCUUCUCAACAACCUUUGAUACGUUCUAUUCCUACUCCCACACCGAAAUCAACGGGUAGCACCGAUCUCAGCCACUCCUCUCAGCCCACUACGAAUUCAGACUCGACCACUACACGUAUUAUCCAGCACCAAUAUUCCAAGAAUGCAUGGCAGUUCCACUUACCUCCACCUACCAGGUCUGAAAUUGAGAACACAAUGGAAACCAACGGUGUUCCCUCUGCGAUAUAUCAGCAGCCGUACUAUUCCAAUCCAGUCGAUGUUCCUUCUCGAGCGAAGUUGUUCGCUGGUAGGAUGUUCACUCUGAAGGGGAACUCAGUCAGAGAUUUGCAAGACUUCGAGAAUUCUUUCGACGAUCCACUGAAAAGUAGGAAAUGGUUGAGGGGCAAGAAGGGGAAGCAUGGCUGGAAGUUGGGCUGGGAGUAUUCAAUCCCCCCUCCAAACAAUCGGGAAGUCAGAACGUGGUGUGAGAAAGAAGAUAAUGCCAGAAAAGCCGAGAUCGAGAGCCUUAAAAACCUCACUUCUCAGCUUGAAAAACCAACGCAGAAAAGUAAAUACGGCUUCAAGUUUUCGCAGAAGCGCAAAACCAAAGAAUCGGAGAGAGAACAGCAGAACAUGUCUGUACUAGCUCUCGAGGUUUUUGCACAAUCACGACAUCAGCUCUUGCCUGAUCCGGAGAAAGAUCCCAUAACUGCUGUAUUCUACUGUUAUCAGAAUGACGAUCCGACUUUACCUGAUAAUACCGUACAUAAAGGAUAUCAUACUGGAUAUCUAUGCUUGAAAUCUCCUACGAUGGAUGAAUCAAGAUUGAGGACGUUGAAUAAGGAUAAUAUUCCUUGUGACAUCUUUGAUAGUGAACUGGACCUGAUCAACCAUAUCAUCGAUAUAACCAAAUCUUGGGAUCCGGAUGUGUUGGCGGGAUGGGAACUGCAUAAUUCGUCCUGGGGAUAUUUGGUCAGCAGAGCUAAUGAAGAGUUUUCUAUCGACUUGAUGGACCAACUCUCACGUGUCGUCUCGGGACAUUCAGGUCCCAAGAAAGAUGGUUACUCGGCUCAUCAUACAUCGACAUUCAAGGUUUCUGGUCGACAUAUAUUGAAUAUAUGGAGAAUAUGUAGAUCAGAAGUCAACCUGAAUCAAUAUACUUUUGAGAAUGUGGUUUUCCAUCUACUCCAUCAGAGAAUUCCUCACUAUUCGCCUGCGAACCUUACUGCUCUUUGGAGGAGUAAGACCCCCGAGCACACCUAUCGAGUGUUGAAGUACUUUUUCCAGAGAGUUGUAAUUUAUAUGGAGAUCGUCGACGCUGCGGAGAUCAUCACCAAGAAUGCCGAGUUCGCUCGAGUGUUUGGAGUAGAUUUUGCAUCUGUCAUGUUCAGAGGAUCACAAUACAAGGUCGAAUCGUUCAUGUUCAGAAUCGCUAAGCCUGAGAGUUUUGUGCUAGUCUCGCCUUCCAAAGAGCAGGUCGGACUACAAAAUGCCCCUUUCGCUGUUCCACUCAUCGCCGAGCCUGAGUCGAAAUACUAUACCCAUCCGAUCCUGGUGUUGGAUUUCCAGUCAUUAUAUCCGUCAAUCAUGAUAGCGUAUAAUAUCUGCUUUUCGACCUGUUUAGGCAGAGUGGAGAAAUUUAAAGGGACGAAUAAAUUUGGGUUUACGGAGUUGAAGGUCGCUGAUGGGUUGUUGGAGCUGCUGAAGGAUUAUCUUACCGUCACUCCAAAUGGAAUGAUCUUUGUGAAACCCGCCGUCCGAAAGAGUCUCUUAGCCAAGAUGUUGGGCGAGAUACUAGAUACUCGAGUGAUGGUGAAACAUGCUAUGAAAGGAGCAAGGGGUGACAAGUCUCUUACAUCUCUGUUGAAUGCCAGACAGCUGGGUCUCAAGCUCAUGGCCAACGUCACGUAUGGCUACACCAGUGCUACCUACUCCGGUAGGAUGCCAUGUAUCGAAGUAGCGGAUUCUAUCGUGCAAACGGGAAGAGAAACUCUAGAAAAGGCUCAAGAACUGAUCCAUUCUCGACCUGAUUGGGAUGCCCAAGUCGUCUACGGUGAUACCGAUUCCCUUUUCGUGGCUUUACCUGGACGUACGAAAGACCAAGCGUUCAAGAUCGGUAACGACAUCGCAGAUGCUGUGACGGCUAUGAACCCGAAGCCUGUGAAAUUGAAAUUCGAGAAGGUCUACAUGGGAUCAGUGUUGAUGGCCAAAAAACGAUAUGUUGGAUUUAAAUACGAACAUCCGGAUGAAACCGAACCCACCUUCGAUGCGAAAGGUAUCGAGACUAUCAGGAGAGAUGGGUUUCCUGCGCAACAAAAGAUCGAAGAAGUCUGUCUCAAGUUGUUGUUCCGAACCCAGGACCUAUCCCAGAUCAAAGAUUUUUGUCGGCAGGAAUGGACAAAGAUCUUACAAAAUAGAGUAUCCAUACAGGAUUUCAUUGUUGCCAAGGAAGUAAGGCUGGGAUCGUAUUCUGAGAAAGGCGUUCCACCACCGGGAGCAGCUGUGGCUUAUCGACGAAUCCUCAAAGAUCCUCGAGAUGAGCCCCAAUACGGAGAAAGGGUCCCGUAUAUCAUCUCCAAUGCGGAUGGUCGAAGAUUGAUCGAAAGGGCCAGAAUGCCCGAGGAGCUUCUGGUCAAUCGAUCUCUAUCGAUAGAUUCUGAAUAUUAUAUUCGGAACCUGCUCAUCCCGCCCUUAUCUAGGAUAUUCAACUUGGUCGGAGCAGACGUGGAGAAGUGGUUUGAGACGAUGCCUCGGACUAAGCGGGUAUCGAAGUAUGAGAAUCAGAUGGACCAAGCGACUCGAGCGACAGGGAGGGGGAGGGGAAGGGGUCGGGGUAAAGCGAGAGGUAGAGGUGGGAUGAGGAUUGACUCUCAUUUCAAGUCUAGUCACUGUAUAGUCUGUGGAGUAGAUUCGUCUUCGGCACUCUGUAUGGAAUGUCAAUCCGAUCCGUCAACUACCACCCAUGCGUUACUAUCCCGUACUCAGCUUGCCUCUCGGAAACUUUUGGAUUUACAGAAAGUCUGCGCGUCGUGCUCUUCUACUCCUCCCGGAGAGAAAAUUCUGUGUGAUUCGAUAGAUUGUCCGAUAACUUACGCGAGGAUAGGAGCAGAGAGGGAUGUAGAGGAUUUAGAGGAAGUGGCGGAGUUGUUGAAGGAGUUGAAUAUGGAAGGGGAGGAGGAUGUGACAUCUACUUUUGAAUGA